GGCCUGAGCGCGGUGUGGGGGAGGGGCCCCCGAGCCCUCCCCCCCCCUCCAAAUUUGCCAUUUUUUUGUCUCUUUUUUGUCCACAGCGCGAUUUUUUUGAGCCGGCGCGGCGACCGCCACGCCCCCCCAGCCCGCGGCCAUGGCCAGCAACGUGACCAACAAGACGGACCCGCGGUCGCUGAACUCGCGCGUCUUCAUCGGGAACCUGAACACGCUGGUGGUGAAGAAGAGCGACGUGGAGGCCAUCUUCGCCAAGUACGGCAAGAUCGUCGGCUGCUCCGUGCACAAGGGCUUCGCCUUCGUGCAGUACGUCAACGAGCGCAACGCCCGCGCCGCCGUGGCCGGGGAGGACGGACGCAUGAUCGCCGGCCAGGUCCUAGACAUCAACCUGGCGGCCGAGCCGAAGGUGAACCGGGGCAAGGCGGGCGUGAAGCGCUCGGCGGCCGAGAUGUACGGGUCAGUAGCCGCCCCCCCGUCACCGUCCCCCCUCGUCAGGUCGUCGUUCGACCUGGACUACGACUUCCAGCGGGAUUACUAUGACCGGUACCAGUAUAAACCAGUUCAGAGCGGGAUGUACAGCUACCCCGCCCGCGUGCCGCCCCCGCCCCCCAUCGCCCGCGCCGUGGUGCCCUCCAAGCGCCAGCGCGUCUCCGGGAACACGUCCCGGCGCGGGAAGAGCUUCAACAGCAAGUCCGGGCAGCGCGGCUCCUCCUCCAAGUCCGGAAAACUGAAAGGGGACGACCUGCAGAGCAUCAAGAAGGAGCUGGGGCAGAUCAAGGCCAAGGUGGACGCGCUGCUGGAGAGCCUCGAGCGCCUGGAGCGCGAGCAGAAGGCCAAGAGCGACAAGGCGGAGGAGGAGCAGGGCGGCGGCGGCGGCUCCAAGAAGGACGAGGCGGGCGGGGCCAAGGCCGAGGGCGGCCACGAGGACUCGGCCGAGGAGGGCGACCUGCUGGACGACGACGAGGCCGAGGAGCGGGGCGACGAGCAGCUGGAGUCGCUGAAGGGGGACGAGAAGGAGGCGGAGGAGGGGGAGGACGACCGGGACAGCGCCAACGGCGAGGACGAGCCCUGAGCCCCGCCCCCCGCCGGCCCCGCCCCCCCGGCCCCGCCCCCCGCCCCGCCCCCGCCCCACUCGU